CAUCUACUGCAUAUCGGCAUAACACCUACUGCAUAUCGGCAUCGUAUUCGCUCGCCGUCCCUGCGCCGCACCGCUUUCACACGACACCUGCGAUACUCCAAGGCCUCGUCUCCAUAGCCUCCUCGUUGUUCUUCAUCUCCGCGCUGUCGACAUUACCGCUGCCUCGAUGAAGAACCCGUCUGACACCAGCGCUGAUGCCGACCCACAGUGGGACGCGGGCCAGGUCGACCCAGACGACUCCGAGCAUGGGUUUCUACUUGCCCUUGACAUGAACGGCAGCUCCUCAACCAGUCCGGGCCAAAAGCCUUAUCGGCGACACAGGACUAAACCUACUCCGGCCGAACCAGGCUCCUCAAAGUCCUCCAGCGCGUGGUUUUCGUGGAGCAAGCUGGCAUUCGCUGCGGCUUUGGUCGCCGUUGCGUCGCUCGUGAUCAUCACGGCCGUCUCGAUGGGCGGCUCAUCUCAAUCCGAGCGCACCACUGCUCUGCCCGAGAGCCUCGACUUUCUCCAAGCCAACUCCAGCCAAGGCCUGCGCCUGUCGUCCUCCGUCAUUCCCCGCCACUAUGACCUCGAAGUGACUCCGGACUUGGAGACCCUUGGCUUUCACGGAACGGUCGACAUCGCGCUGCUCAUUACCGAGCCGACCUAUCACAUUCGCUUCCAUGCCCUCGAUCUCAACCUCUCGAACAUCUAUCUGGCCCAAGGCUCGACCAGGCUCUUGCCCACGCGGGUCGUUGAGGAUCCACCCACGCAGACGUUCGUGCUGCUCUUUGGGACCAUUGUUGGCGUGGGAGACUACCGCCUUUCCAUCGACUUUGACGGCGUCAUGGGCGAUGGCGAGCCUGCUGGCUUUUAUCGCAGCAGCUACAUGGACGGCUCUGGCCAGAAACACUACCUCGCCAUCACUCACUUUGAGCCCGUGUUUGCCCGAAUGGCGUUCCCGUGCUUCGACGAGCCGGCGCUGAAGGCCAGCUUCAAGAUCACAGUGUGCUCCGCCCUGACCGCGCUGUCAAACAUGCCGCUCAACAAAACAGAGCCGGUGGGCGCCUCUGGCAUGAGCCGAUAUGUUUUUCAGAAAACCCCGCCUCAAUCCACCUAUCUGGCCGCUUGGGGCGUCAGCGACUAUUCCCGCGUAGAAGCACGGACCUCCAGCGGAAUACCAGUCGGCGUCUAUGCUCCAUCCGAGUCCAUAAACCUGACCAGCUUUGCCUUGGAUGUGGCAACACGGUCGAUGGAAUUUUUCCAAAAGCUCUACAACUACACGCUUCCGGUUCCAAAGAUGGACCAUUUCCCCGUUCCGGAUUUCACCUCGGAGGGUAUGGAGAACUGGGGCUUGAUAACGUAUGAAGACAGCCUGCUACUCAUCAACCGCAGCUCGGCUCCCGCCCAAGAUCUCCAGGCAUCGGCGAUGCUGAUCGCUCAUGAGAUUGCUCAUCAGUGGUUUGGCGAUCUUGUCACGAUGGCCUGGUGGGAUGAUCUGUGGCUCAAUGAAGGCUUUGCAGAGUUUAUGCAGUACAAGAGCGUUGCUGCCCUGCACCCGGACUGGGAUUUACUGUCUCAGUUCUUCGUCUAUGAGCAUCUCCUCGCCUUCGAAGCCGACGAAUCAAUGUUCACCCACCCCAUAUACCUUCCCGUCGCCGACCCUCUUCUGCUUCCCAUGCUCUUUGAUGAUGUGACUUACAACAAAGGCGCAUCGGUCAUCCGUAUGCUCGAAGACUGGCUCGAGUCCGCUGACGGCGGGCACCUCUCCUGUGGGCAGUUCUGUCGUGGUCUCAGGCAGUACUUGGUACAGUAUGCCGAGUCGACUGCCCAAACUGCAAACCUGUGGCAUGCGCUCGACGCUGUUGGGCCCGAGGCCCACAAAGGAAUCGUUAACGACACCAUGUCCGGUUGGAUCAGCAACCCAGGCUUCCCUGUUGUUCUUGUAUCCGCGCAGAACGGGUUUGUCCGUUUGACUCAGUUCCGCUACACCCUCUGGAAAGACACAAACGCAACCGAAAUCUCGAGUUCUUGGCAAAUCCCUGUGAGCUAUCGCAUCCUUAUGGAUCCGCACUCAUCCCCGACUCAUGCAACUCCAGCAAAGACCGUGCUUAUGAAUGGCCACACAACCAUCAUGACUCCGGCUCCUCGAAACUCGCUCGUUCUGAUCAACCGAGACCGUGUCGGGUUCUAUCGCGUCAUGUUCGACUCUAUCGAUUACUACAAGCAGCUCUCGCACUGGCUCAAGAGCAGCCCCUCGCUCUUCUCUCCAGCUGACCGUGCCGGCUUCUUGUCCGAUAUCUGGGCGCUUGCAACCUCGAAUCGACUCGGCCUCCAGCUGGCUAUGGAUAUUACAACCUUUGUUGCCAAGGACCGUGAUCCGACUGUGUGGCGCACCUGCAUCUCGGUGUUCAAGCAGAUGGACAGACUCGUUGGUGCCCAUCCAUUCAUCGAGGCAUGGAAUCAGUACAAGUCUAGCCUCGUGGGACCCGUUGCUGCAGAGAUCGGAUGGGGCGCGUUUGCUGCGACGAAGAGCCGCUCCGGAUCAAAGCCGAUUCCGGCUCACGCACUCUCGCUCCUGCGAUCUGCUCUCAUUCCGUACGCCAUCACCCUGGGUAUCCCCAGAGUUGUGUCCACGGGACUCGAGCUCUUUGACGAGCUCCUCACCGGAAACCUCCACGAUGCUCCCGACGAGAUACUGCCAUGGAUAUACUCUACCGCAGUGAUGCACUCUUCCAACCUGACAGAGGCAUACUACAUCCUCUGGCAUCUACGCGAGAGCCUUCCUGGAGACACCGUUUCGCCACUGGCACAGACCCCACUCCAAGCUCUACAGAACCAAACCAUCAAGAUCAUUGAGUCUGGCGAACUGCGCCCGCAGAUGAUCGUUCCCAUGCUCUCGUCACUGGCCGGCGCCAAACAUGGUGCUUCGGUGGUCUGGAGCUUCUUCCUCAGCCAUGCGGACCAAUUCCUUUCCGUCUCGUCAAACAGUGCCUCCCAGGCCGUGGAAAAGUGCGUUUCACUGCUCGAGAGCGCACAGCAGAUUCGACAGGCGCAGGAUUUAGUGGGUGGACCUGACGGCUGGAUGGAUGCUGAGCCCGGCGAGUCUGGCAGUCGAACUGGGAUCAGGAGGGGCUUGGAGCGACUUGUACACUCCUCCAAGUUCAAAUCGGUGGUUCUGAAGGGAUUUAAAGCCCACCCUGAGUAAGCUCAACAUAGCAGGAUCUGUUCCUGGUUAUGGAGGUGUUCAAAAGCGAAAUGGGACUCUUUGUUUUUGUGUUCGAUUUCAAGUGUUUUGGAUCCUGAAUACACUCAUGUUUAUCCAGCGCGCC